AUGUCUCAUAUGAAGGUUCUGGAGUUCAUGAAGAAGAACUUUGGCCCGUUCUCUCAGUUCGUGUCUCUCACAGAUCUGAUCUCCAUCAACAGACUCUUUGAUCCCUUGGAGACCCUGGACAAUCUCACUCCCAAGCAGGUGGCUGGACUGUUGGUUGAAGAGCUACCUGGUCUCCCAGAGAAGAAAGUCGUCAUCAAUACAGUGUUUGAUCAUCUGUUUGUGUCUCCUGUGGAGCGAGGACUUCCUGAUGUUCUUCAAAACCUGCUCUCAAUCUCACAGAUGACCAUUAUUCCGUGCAGCUCCUACAUACUGAUAUUCCAGAGGCUGUUUCAGGCGUUACCUUUCCUGCCGACGGAGAUGGAGACUGUGGUCUUCCAAACAACUGGAGAACUCAAGCAGAAUGGAGCAAGAGACUCUCCUAUCCGCUGCAUCGUGAGCGCCCCCUGUAGUGUGGACCUGCAGCAGUACGUUUGCUCUUCGCUCACCGGCAUCACUGCUGGAAACCUGGCUGAACUCCUGAAGUGUCAACUUUCAAGCAGCAGAACUUACUCCAAGGAGAUCUGGAAACUAUUUUUCACCAAAGCAAAUGAUGUUCUGGACGGAGCCCUCGUCAUAUUCUCCAGCGCAGCAGCAAAUAUGUCUCAGCCAAUCAGAGGUGAUGUCGUGUCCCAAGUGCUGGAUGUGGUUGGAGAGCUGAGACUGGAGCGCAUCAGUCCUGACCAAUGGACAGACCUCGCUUUCAUCAGCAUGUUGUUGGGUCAAUAUCUGAAGCCGUUUUUACCAUUUGCGUCACCAUCCCUACUGCUGUGCACCAGCAGCAAAAACCUCAGCUGCCAAACUUACCAGCACAUUCUGUCAGAGGUCCCACUCGUCAAUGAGAUUCAAGGAAGAGACAUGGCGAACUUCUUCAUUCUGCCCUUCCUGAGAAGAAACGCAACAGAUGCGGGCUGUGUGGCGACUGCUAACAACAGUGUUGAGUGGCUGCAGAAGAACUUUGGCCCGUUCUCUCAGUUCGUGUCUCCCACAGAUCUGAUCUCCAUCAACAGACUCUUUGAUCCCUUGGAGACCCUGGACAAUCUCACUCCCAAGCAGGUGGCUGGACUGUUGGUUGAAGAGCUACCUGGUCUCCCAGAGAAGAAAGUCGUCAUCAAUACAGUGUUUGAUCAUCUGUUUGUGUCUCCUGUGGAGCGAGGACUUCCUGAUGUUCUUCAAAACCUGCUCUCAAUCUCACAGACGACCAUUAUUCCGUGCAGCUCCUACAUACUGAUAUUCCAGAGGCUGUUUCAGGCGUUACCUUUCCUGCCGACGGAGAUGGAGACUGUGGUCUUCCAAACAACUGGAGAACUCAAGCAGAAUGGAGCAAGAGACUGUUCACUCCCCGAACCUCCAACAUGUCUGGUCACUCCUGCGAAUGUUACCAGAGUUUGUUCAGGAGUCAACAGUAACGAGACUCUCCUAUCCGCUGCACUCGUGAGCGCCCCCUGUAGUGUGGACCUGCAGCAGUACGUUUGCUCUUCGCUCACCGGCAUCACUGCUGGAAACCUGGCUGAACUCCUGAAGUGUCAACUUUCAAGCAGCAGAAGUUACUCCAAGGAGAUCUGGAAACUAUUUUUCACCAAAGCAAAUGAUGUUCUGGACGGAGCCCUCGUCAUAUUCUCCAGCGCAGCAGCAAAUAUGUCUCAGCCAAUCAGAGGUGAUGUCGUGUCCCAAGUGCUGGAUGUGGUUGGAGAGCUGAGACUGGAGCGCAUCAGUCCUGACCAAUGGACAGACCUCGCUUUCAUCAGCAUGUUGUUGGGUCAAUAUCUGAAGCCGUUUUUACCAUUUGCGUCACCAUCCCUACUGCUGUGCACCAGCAGCAAAAACCUCAGCUGCCAAACUUACCAGCACAUUCUGUCAGAGGUCCCACUCGUCAAUGAGAUUCAAGGAAGAGACAUGGCAAACUUCUUCAUUCUGCCCUUCCUGAGAAGAAACGCAACAGAUGCGGGCUGUGUGGCGACUGCUAACAACAGUGUUGAGUGGCUGCAGAAGAACUUUGGCCCGUUCUCUCAGUUCGUGUCUCUCACAGAUCUGAUCUCCAUCAACAGACUCUUUGAUCCCUUGGAGACCCUGGACAAUCUCACUCCCAAGCAGGUGGCUGGACUGUUGGUUGAAGAGCUACCUGGUCUCCCAGAGAAGAAAGUCGUCAUCAAUACAGUGUUUGAUCAUCUGUUUGUGUCUCCUGUGGAGCGAGGACUUCCUGAUGUUCUUCAAAACCUGCUCUCAAUCUCACAGAUGACCAUUAUUCCGUGCAGCUCCUACAUACUGAUAUUCCAGAGGCUGUUUCAGGCGUUACCUUUCCUGCCGACGGAGAUGGAGACUGUGGUCUUCCAAACAACUGGAGAACUCAAGCAGAAUGGAGCAAGAGACUGUUCACUUCCUGAACCGCCAACAGUACCUGAACCUCCAACAUGUCUGUUCACUCCUGUGAAUGCUACCAGAGUUUGUUCAGGAGUCAACAGUAACGAGACUCUCCUAUCCGCUCUCACCGGCAUCACUGCUGGAAACCUGGCUGAACUCCUGAAGUGUCAACUUUCAAGCAGCAGAACUUACUCCAAGGAGAUCUGGAAACUAUUUUUCACCAAAGCAAAUGAUGUUCUGGACGGAGCCCUCGUCAUAUUCUCCAGCGCAGCAGCAAAUAUGUCUCAGCCAAUCAGAGGUGAUGUCGUGUCCCAAGUGCUGGAUGUGGUUGGAGAGCUGAGACUGGAGCGCAUCAGUCCUGACCAAUGGACAGACCUCUCUUUCAUCAGCAUGUUGUUGGGUCAAUAUCUGAAGCCGUUUUUACCAUUUGCGUCACCAUCCCUACUGCUGUGCACCAGCAGCAAAAACCUCAGCUGCCAAACUUACCAGCACAUUCUGUCAGAGGUCCCACUCGUCAAUGAGAUUCAAGGAAGAGACAUGGCGAACUUCUUCAUUCUGCCCUUCCUGAGAAGAAACGCAACAGAUGCGGGCUGUGUGGCGACUGCUAACAACAGUGUUGAGUGGCUGCAGAAGAACUUUGGCCCGUUCUCUCAGUUCGUGUCUCUCACAGAUCUGAUCUCCAUCAACAGACUCUUUGAUCCCGUAUGUCUCCACAUCUACACUUGUGAUUUCAUCAAAGAUGAUUUAUAA